UUGCGAAAUCGAACCCAGAAGGUUGAAUAUUUAUAGAAGGUUGCAUUUAAGUUAAACCCGUUAAUUUACUUGAAGUAAGUUAAAGUUUUAAGUAAACGAUUAAAGAGGUGAUUAGAGUUUAAACCUUAAAAGUAGAAUGUUUAUGUGUAAUUUUUUAGUGAAAUGCCAUUAAAAGUGUUAAGAGGUUAUAAACAUUAAAACGGGAACUUAAAUUAAAUUUUAAAAGUUCAAGAUGUAUGACGAAGAAGAAGAUGUGUAUGAUGAGGGUGCAGGCGAAGAAAUCAGUUCCGAGUUGUGGCAAGAAGCCUGUUGGAUUGUUAUCAACGCUUAUUUUGAUGAAAAAGGUUUAGUACGACAACAAUUGGACAGUUUUGAUGAAUUUAUUCAAAUGUCUGUUCAAAGAAUUGUUGAAGAUUCACCACAAAUUGAAUUGCAAGCAGAAGCUCAACAUACCAGCGGAGAAAUGGAGAAUCCUCCACGAUAUUUAUUAAAAUUCGAACAAAUCUAUUUAUCGAAACCGACACAUUGGGAAAAAGAUGGUGCACCUUCACCUAUGAUGCCAAAUGAAGCGCGUUUAAGAAAUUUAACAUAUUCAGCGCCUUUGUACGUGGACAUUACCAAAACUAUUGUCAAAGAAGGCGAAGAACCGAUCGUUACGCAACAUCAAAAAACUUUUAUUGGUAAAAUUCCUAUAAUGUUACGAUCGAGUUUUUGCUUGUUAAGUAAAUUAACGGAUCGUGAUUUAACUGAAUUGAAUGAAUGUCCGUUGGAUCCAGGCGGUUAUUUUAUUAUUAAUGGUUCUGAAAAAGUAUUAAUUGCACAAGAAAAAAUGGCUACAAAUACAGUUUAUGUGUUUUCAAUGAAAGAUGGAAAAUAUGCUUUUAAAUCAGAAAUUCGAUCUUGUUUGGAACAUAGUUCAAGACCCACGUCCACAUUGUGGGUGAACAUGAUGGCACGUGGUGGUCAAUCGAUAAAGAAAGCCGCUAUUGGUCAACGUAUAAUUGCAAUUUUGCCAUACAUCAAACAGGAAAUUCCUAUAAUGAUUGUAUUCCGAGCGUUGGGUUUUGUAGCUGAUCGUGAUAUACUCGAACAUAUCAUUUAUGAUUUUGACGAUCCCGAAAUGAUGGAAAUGGUUAAACCGUCUUUAGAUGAAGCGUUCGUAAUACAAGAGCAAAAUGUUGCGUUAAAUUUUAUUGGGGCGAGAGGUGCAAGACCUGGUGUUACAAAAGAAAAACGUAUUAAAUAUGCAAGAGAAAUUUUACAAAAGGAAAUGUUACCACAUGUUGGUGUUUCUGAUUUUUGUGAGACUAAAAAGGCAUAUUUCUUAGGUUAUAUGGUUCAUCGAUUAUUAUUGGCAGCGUUGGGUCGUCGAGAAUUAGAUGAUCGGGAUCAUUAUGGCAACAAACGUUUAGAUUUGGCUGGACCUCUAUUAGCUUUUCUAUUUCGUGGUUUAUUUAAAAAUUUAAUGAAAGAAGUUCGAAUGUACGCACAGAAGUUUAUCGAUCGUGGCAAAGAUUUCAAUCUUGAUUUAGCAAUCAAAACAAAAAUGAUAACUGAUGGAUUACGGUAUUCAUUGGCUACUGGAAAUUGGGGCGAUCAAAAGAAAGCUCAUCAAGCUCGUGCUGGUGUAUCUCAAGUAUUGAAUCGUUUAACAUUUGCAUCAACUCUAUCACAUUUACGACGUGUUAAUUCACCAAUUGGCCGUGAUGGUAAAUUAGCCAAGCCACGUCAAUUACAUAACACGUUGUGGGGUAUGAUAUGUCCAGCUGAAACACCGGAAGGUGCUGCUGUAGGUCUUGUAAAAAAUUUAGCUUUAAUGGCUUAUAUUUCUGUUGGUUCACAACCGUCACCAAUUCUUGAGUUCUUGGAAGAAUGGUCUAUGGAAAAUCUUGAAGAAAUUGCACCAUCUGCAAUUGCUGAUGCUACGAAAAUUUUUGUAAAUGGAUGUUGGGUUGGCAUUCAUAGAGAUCCCGAACAAUUAAUGGCAACGUUACGUAAAUUACGACGUCAAAUGGACAUUAUCGUAUCUGAAGUAUCAAUGAUUCGUGAUAUUCGUGACAGAGAGAUUCGUAUCUACACAGAUGCUGGACGAAUAUCUAGACCGCUGAUCAUUGUGGAGAAUGGAAGUCUAUUGUUGAAGAAGUCACACAUUGACAUGUUAAAAGAUCGUGAAUACAACAAUUAUGGAUGGCAAGGAUUAGUUGGAUCUGGUGUAGUCGAAUAUAUCGAUACGUUAGAAGAGGAAACUACUAUGAUCGCUAUUUCACCGGAUGAUCUACGAAAUUCAAAGGAGUACGCGUAUUGUAGUACUUAUACGCAUUGUGAAAUUCAUCCAGCUAUGAUUCUUGGAAUUUGUGCAUCAAUUAUACCAUUCCCUGAUCAUAACCAAAGUCCUAGGAAUACUUAUCAAAGUGCUAUGGGUAAACAAGCUAUGGGUGUAUAUAUCACAAAUUUCCACGUACGGAUGGACACGUUGGCUCACGUACUAUAUUAUCCACAUAAACCACUGGUAACAACAAGAUCCAUGGAAUAUUUACGGUUCAGAGAGUUACCAGCUGGAAUUAAUAGUAUUGUAGCAAUUUUAUGUUACACUGGAUACAAUCAAGAAGAUUCUGUUAUUUUGAAUGCAUCUGCUGUGGAGCGAGGAUUUUUCAGAUCAGUAUUUUACCGUUCAUAUAAAGAUUCCGAAUCAAAACGAAUCGGUGAACAAGAAGAACAAUUUGAGAAACCAACACGACAAACAUGUCAAGGCAUGCGUCAUGCAUUGUACGAUAAACUAGACGAUGAUGGUAUCAUUUCACCAGGUGUUCGUGUAUCCGGUGAUGAUGUGGUUAUUGGUAAAACAAUGACAUUACCUGAGAAUGAAGAUGAACUGGAAGGAACAACAAAACGUUAUACAAAACGUGAUGCGUCAACAUUCUUACGUAAUAGUGAAACAGGGGUUGUAGAUCAAGUCAUGUUGACCUUGAAUUCUGAAGGUUAUAAGUUUUGUAAGAUUCGUGUACGAUCGGUGCGUAUACCACAAAUUGGUGAUAAGUUUGCAUCAAGGCAUGGACAAAAAGGAACGUGUGGAAUUCAGUAUAGGCAAGAGGAUAUGCCGUUUACAUGCGAAGGUUUAACACCGGAUAUUAUAAUUAAUCCUCACGCUAUCCCAUCUCGUAUGACAAUUGGCCAUUUAAUUGAAUGUAUUCAAGGGAAAGUAUCAUCGAAUAAAGGGGAAAUUGGUGAUGCUACACCUUUUAACGAUGCCGUCAACGUACAAAAAAUCUCAACUUUAUUACAAGAAUACGGUUAUCAAUUACGAGGUAACGAAGUCAUGUACAAUGGACACACUGGUCGUAAAAUUAAUGCCCAAGUAUUCUUUGGACCAACCUAUUAUCAACGUUUGAAGCACAUGGUGGAUGAUAAAAUCCAUUCAAGAGCACGUGGACCUCUUCAGAUUUUAGUACGUCAACCGAGUGAAGGUCGUGCCCGUGAUGGUGGUCUACGUUUCGGUGAAAUGGAACGAGAUUGUCAAAUUUCUCAUGGUGCGGCUCAAUUCCUUCGAGAACGUUUAUUUGAAGUAUCUGAUCCGUAUCGAAUACAUGUUUGUAAUUUUUGUGGUUUGAUUGCCAUUGCAAAUUUACGAAAUAAUACAUUUGAGUGUAAAGGAUGCAAAAAUAAAACACAAAUCAGUCAAGUACGAUUACCAUAUGCAGCCAAAUUAUUGUUUCAAGAACUGAUGUCAAUGAAUAUUGCUCCGAGAUUAAUGGUCAUUUAAUUUAAAGGAUGUUUCGGCAUCCUUGUUAACAUUGCACUGAAUUACCCCCCCCCUCACUCCGUUGUCAGCGAUUGGAGACGCUAGGUUAACUUUU